AUGUAAUCUUUAAAUUAAUUAAUUCAAAAUCAAGAAAGAGAAAUUAACUAAGAAUAUUCUUCACAUUCACAGAUACAAUUAACUUUAAAAGAAAUAAAGUAAUAAUAUUACAGAAAGGAUGAUUUCUAUUAAGUAUUAACUUAGACUAAGCAUUUUGAUGGAACGUACCUUAAUUAGCUACUUUAGUUGCUGAAAAUUAAGAAGAUUACUAAUUGUUUAGAGUUCUUUAAAAAUUAAAGUCAGUUGUAAUAUAUCACUUCUAUGAUUAAAAACGUUAGUGAAAUAAACUUUAAUAAGAAGAAUUAUUCAACUGAGAACUAUGAUUAAAUUAGAAAGGACUUAAUAAAAUAAAUAUCUUAUGAUUAGUUCAUAAUUGAAUUUUUGAAAUUCCUCGUACGUCUGACAGCCAUUGACGAGAGAUUUAUCUAAAGCGGAUCGAACUCACUCAAUUUAUUAGUAGAAAUGAAAGUGGAUUUGAGAGAACAAAGCUUUGAGAAUAUUAGGAUUAGAGAUACUUCUUUGGUUGGUGGAAAUUUUGUAAGAUGCAAUUUCAAUGGAUCAGAAUUUGAUAAUGUGGAUAUAAGUGGAAUGAACUUGAAUUAAGCUUAAUUGUUCAAUUGUAAAUGGAACAAUAUUAAAAUA